ACUCUCGUUACUUGUUUUAAUAUGUUGGUUUUGAUCUUUGAAGCAGAAACAAAAAGUUGAAUAGCAGAGGCAAAGAUCCACUGUUCUGUUAUUGUUCGCCGAUCUCACUGUGAAAGAGAGGGAGCGAAGAAGGGGGGAGAGAGAGAGAGAGAGAGAGAGGUGGUGGAAAUGGCGAGCGCAGGAGGUGGAGGGUAUGGAGAUGCGAACCAGAAGAUAGACUACGUCUUCAAGGUGGUUCUGAUAGGAGAUUCGGCGGUUGGGAAGUCGCAGUUGCUAGCUCGGUUUGCCAGAAAUGACUUCAGCUUGGACUCCAAGGCUACGAUUGGCGUCGAAUUUCAGACUCGGACUUUGGUAAUCGACCACAAGAGCGUCAAGGCUCAGAUCUGGGACACGGCUGGCCAAGAACGAUACAGAGCAGUUACAAGUGCCUACUAUAGGGGUGCUGUAGGGGCAAUGCUAGUUUAUGACAUCGCCAAACGUCAGACUUUUGAUCACAUACCUCGGUGGCUCGAAGAACUACGUAACCACGCUGACAAGAACAUUGUCAUCAUCCUGAUUGGAAACAAAAGUGAUCUUGAAAACCAGCGUGCAGUGCCUACAGAGGAUGCGAAAGAAUUUGCUGAAAAAGAAGGAUUAUUCUUCUUAGAGACCUCAGCACUGGAAGCAACAAAUGUCGAAACAGCCUUCAUGACUGUGUUAACAGAAAUUUUCAACAUUGUCAACAAGAAAAGCCUAGCUGCUGGUGAAAAUCAAAAUGGCAACGUGGCGCCACCUUCUGGCAAGAAAAUUAUUAUCCCAGGUCCUGCUCAAGAAAUUCCUCCUAAGAGGAGUAUGUGUUGCCAGUCAUCUUGAGUUUCUUUAUAAUUGUUUUCAAUUUACCUUAUUCAUUAUACGAUAUUCCUAUUCCCAAUUUUUCAAGGUUUGGUGCAUUUCCUGUGCACAUUUGUAUCAAUUAGUUUAUUUUGCUUGAAGCCGAUAAUGCAAGUUACCUUAUGCAAUAUAGUGGUGUUGCAAGUCCAUAUUUGCCCAUAUGGGCGUGGCUUUGAUA